AUGAUUAGAAAGAAACUUGAAAUUUUGAGAAGAGAAAGAACUAAAAAAAUGUAAAAUCUACUUCCUGCUCUCGUUGCAGAUAGAAUGGCCCCUUCAUUCUUUUAUUAUAUGUUUGAGCCUUAUGUUGAUUUUAAAAAAAUAGCAAAAUCAGAUACAGGUUAAGUGUAAUUUUCUACUCCUGAAAAUGCAAUAUCUAAGGGUAGAAGAUGUGCUGUAUAAGCUGCUCGUAAAUCUAAAGCAUUGUAAAUGAUGGGCAAUCAAUUAAAACUUACAGUAGAUGAAUAAAUUGAAUCAUAUACUAAGCCAGAAGAAAAGGGAAAUCCAAUAAAUUUUGAACCUUAUUCUCUUUAAAGAGCUGCUUUGUAUGAUAAAGGAUGCAUAACAUGUGGUGGUCCAAAUAUAAGUGUUACAUAUCAUGGAGAAAGACAUAUAUGUUUAAAGUGUAGAGAUCAUAUCACAACUCUAGAUGGAGAUCCUGUUGUUAUAUUCUAAGAUGAUGAUGGAGAAGUAUGCGUUGUUGGAAUCUCAGAUAAAAAAAAACUAUAUUUUGUUUAACUUGAUGAACUUAAAAUCAAUGGUUAUAGAUGCUAUGUUACAUUUAGUAAUGAAAAUGAAAUUAUUUGCUUGCUUCAUGAUUCUUUCAAUGAUAAAUCUAAAAAGACUUUACUUUCUCCUAGUGCUUUAUGGUAAGCAGAAAAAGAAGAUUAAAUUAGAAAACCUAAAGGCAAAAACUUUGUCAUUCUAAAUAAACAGCGUUUUCUUAAAUGA